CACGACAAAGAAAACGGCAAAAAAUAAAUUGGUACAACUGAAGAAAAAAACAUGUGAAUUUAACAUGGAAGUAGUUGGAGAUAUGAUGAAAAACUCUAAAACCACAGUUGUAGCCAAGGGCGAUAAAGACAAAACAAAAAAAUAUCCGUGCUACUUUUGCGAAAAACUUGAGUGAACGAUUUCCCGUCAUUAUACUAGUAUACAUGAGAAUGAAUCGAUCAUUCAAAUGCUGGAAAGUCUAAAGGCAGAAAAAAGAAAAAAAGGUGAAGCUAUUUCAGAAGAUCAACAAGCCCGGAAUGAAAUAUUUGAUUUUCUAAGGAAACAAGCGAUGGCUAAACACAAUUUGACCGCAGGAUUAGAUGAUGAGUUUCAUGCGGUUCGACGGCCGCGAACAGAUAAAAUGGUUUCAGAUUUCAGUAUGUGUGAGAAUUGUAGAGGAUUCUUCAUUGAAUCAUCGAUAAGGAAACAUUAUAAAAAUUGCUGCAACCCAUCUGAUAUUCUAAGAAGACCCAAGAAUUUAGGCUCACGACUAAUAGGAAAAAGAUCUACGGUCAUAACCGAUUAUCUCCAAAAAGUAUUGCUACCUCUCAGAGAUGACGCAAUAACAGAUGUCAUCAUGAAUGAUGACCUAAUAUUAGAGUACGGAAACAGUUAUGCUUAUAAACACAGGCAUUCACCUCAUUUAGGGGCCAUGAUAAGAGGAAGACUGCGUCUCCUUGCGCGCCUACUAAUAGAACUUCGAAAUAGCAACGCUGAAAUCGUCAAUUUUUCUGACUUAUUCCAUCAAGAAAAUUACGAUUACCUAAUUAGUGCCGUGAAUGUAAUCGGAGAAUACAAUUGCAACCCUCAUCUUCAAGAUUUGUAUGCUAAACCUGCUCCUGCUGCUGCAGCAGGUGCUUAUGCCAAGGAAUUAUUAGAUCUAUGGAUCGUUAAAUGUAUAAAAAUGAGAAAUGCUACUGGAAAAGCAGAUGCUUUUGAAUUUCAAGCAUUAUAUAAAGAAUCGUUUUCUAAAAUCGUAGGUAAAACAGUUUCAGUUUCACAAAUAGAGAUAAAAAGAAACAAAAAAAUCGAAUUGCCAGACGAUGAAGACGUUGCAAAUUUUUAUAUAUACACAGAAAAUAGCCUCAAGAGAACUAUGAAAAUGUUGAAUGAGGGAAAAUAUAGUCAUGAGCUCUACAACGAAUUAGGAGAGCUUUUACUUAUUCGUAUCCAAUUUUUUAAUGCUCGCAGAGCAGGUGAAAUGCAACGGCUCACACUUAAUGACUGGAACAACUUACAAAGUCUUGAUGAGAAUUGCAGUAGCUACAAAAAAUUAUCAGCUAGUGAAAAAGAAUUUUUAAAAGGUUUUCACAGAAUGCUUAUAAGAGGAAAACUGUACAGAACUGUACCAGUGAUAAUUACCACCUUAGAAAAAGAUGGUCUUGAGUUGUAUACUGAUUUACGAAAAGUAAAUCAAAAGUGCACCCAGCACCCAGAUAAUCCUUAUUUAUUUGGAACAAUAGGAUCCGACACUAAUCUAAACAGAUACCUAAUAGCAUGCGAUGUUUUGAGAAAACAUAGCUUGUUCUGUAAAGCUAAGUAUCCAGAAAGAUUGAGAGGUACUCUUUUUCGCAAGAAUAUAUCUACUUUGUGCUUAAGCUUAAAGCUGACGGAUAACCAAAGAACCGAUUUAUAUCAGUGUCUAGGUCAUAGCGCCACUAUAAAUAAAAAUGUCUACGCACAGAAUGAGUUUCAACAACAGAUCUUGUCGAUUGGUCCAGUUUUGCUGAAAGCAACGCGUACAUAUGAAAAUGAAAAUAUCAACAACAUUAGCGAGUAGAGAGCGAUGACGAAGAUGAAAGUAAUGAAAAUCAGGUUAAAUAUAACAAAUGCACUACAGCAGAUGACCCUGGAGAUGUGAAAGUUACAUACGACGAACCUUCUACGAGCGGAACAAAAGCAAAAUCUGCACUACAGAAUAAGGGCUCUGAAGAAACACAUACAGAUACUUAUCAAGAAUCCGAUUAUCAAUCAUCUUCAGAUGAAGACAAGCCUCGAAAAAUCAAAGGAAGGAAAAAGAACGUAGAACAAGUUAAGAAUAGAAGCAGAUGGAACGCCGAAGAAAGGAAUGCUAUAGCAUGCUUUCACGAAAAAACGGCAAAACGUAUUAGUAUUCCAGGUGAAGAAAUUAUGGAUCUUAUUAAUAAAACACCAAUCAUGAAAGAAAGGAGACGCAAGGUUGCUGAUGUAAGAAGCCAAUUGCAGGCCUGGAAAAAAAAACAAUUAGUACCAGAUGAUGCUAUACCAAAAUAUACUCAAAUAAAGAAAGAUUGUGAUCCUACGGAUUCACGUAGCAUUUAUCACAAAAUAUAAUUAACAAAAUAGUUAUUAUAGGAAAAACUGUGAUUAUUGGAAGAAAGUGAAUGCUUAGUUAUGUGAUAAUCAUAUGUAAUAAUUACAUAAGAUCACAAAAGUCAAUAUAAGAUUUUAAUUAUAUUAGUCAUUAACAAAGUUCCUUUUACAUACUACGACAAGCUUUAGACUAUAGAUAAAUACAAAGUAGAGUAAAAAACUUCUUUUUUUUUUCAAGUAUUUAACAAAAAAUUAAUUUAAGACGUUGCGUACCAAAAAGAUUGCUUAUGCGACUUACGAGACCAUUGCUAUUGCAACAUCCGGAUUGUUUGCGAUCUUCUGCGGCACCGCCGAUUCUAAUCUUUAAACAAAACAGUUUUCUACGCCUGAUUUUAUUUUUUUUUGACCUAAAAUGAAAAUGGAGAAAAAAACAUUCCGCUAAAAAUUGUUUUUGAAUUUUUUUAAGUGAUAACUCUUACUAUGAUUUGCAUUAAUUCCAUAAGAAAAAUAUGUUAAUAAGUAUUAAAAAAUAAAUAUAAAUUGUGCAUAACACAGAAGAUGGUCAAUAAACGGGUUGCUUAACACGGGCUUGUGCCCUUAAAACAUUAGAUAAAUGUUGAUAUGUAGUUUACGCAAAGCGCAAACUAAUGAUAAAUUAUCAGUAAAAAAAAUUAUUUUAACUAACAAAACUGUACAUCAUCCAAAAGAAUGCUUAAAAAUAUGAAAUAAUAUUCUUUAUACUAGGUUAAGAACGUUAAAAAUUAUAAUCAGUAUUAACCUGGAUGUUGGAAUCUAUGAUCUAGCUCA